AUGCAUACGUAUAAAUCGGUCUAUCCUGAUGGAAUACAGGUACAAGAGGGAAUUAAAGAGUUUUGGGAAGGGUUUUAUGGGGUUAGUGAUUUAGAGGGGGAGGAGGAGGAGGGGCAUUUGGUGUAUGCGGAUCAAUUUACUGAGGAUGCGGUGUUGGUUAUGGGGGUUAAGAGGGUUAGGGGGAGAGAGGAAAUCCUCGCUUUCAGGAAAUCCAUGUGGGAAAAAGUAGCAAGUCGUUUGCAUACUGUGCAUAAGAUUUUUUCUUUUGGACAGGAUUCUACUGAGGUUAUGUUGUUUGGGAAUGUGGCUUAUGGAUUGAAAGAUGGGAGAAAAGCAGAUGUUGAAUGGGCUGGCAGGGCAAAAUUGGUUCAGGAGGGUGGGAAAUGGAAGUUGGGGUUUUAUCAGGUUUAUUUGGAUUCGGCUGCUGUGCAGAAUGCUAAAUAG